UGAUUUUCUGAUUGUGUGCCUGUUGGGUUUGAGGUGCGAUGUCUUUCCCGCCUCGCCCGCCUCUCGUGCCAUACGGAAUUGCACCCGGCGUUGUCACUAUGCCAAUGGCUACUCACGUAAUGGUCGGAGCGUAUGGAGCUGGCAGUACAGUGCCAAACAGUGGGCGUUCGGCUUUGUUGCCCGCCCCUGCACAGCCCACACAAGCAAAGCCUGCCCCACGACUCAACCAGACCAGACCGGCCAAUGGCGCUAAAGAAGAAGGUCCACCUGUCACUGUGUUUAUAGGCAACAUCUCGAGCCGCGCGCCGGACGCCAUGAUCCGCGCCAUGCUGGGCGCGUGCGGCGCCGUGGUGUCGUGGAAGCGCGUCAGCACGUUCGGCUUCUGCGAGUUCGCGGGCCCCGAGCCGGCGCUGCGCUGCGUGCGGCUGCUGCACGAGCGGCCGCUGGCCGACAAGCAGCUGCUGGCGCGCACGGACGGCAAGAUGCAGGCGCUGGUCGACACCUACAAGAGUGAGUGCGGCGUGUGUGUGUGCGAGUCGGAGCAGCGCUCGCGGCUGGGCGAGGCGGAGGGCGCGGAGGGCGAGGGCUGGCUGGACGCGGCGCAGCGCGCGCUGGACGACGCGGCCGAGCGCCGCCUGCAGCAGCUGUACCGCGACUACCAGGACGACAUCAACAACUACGAGCUGCUGCAGAAGGAGGAAGCGAUAUCCAAGACGGCGCGCGUGCUGGAGGAGGCCGAUAUCUCGGAGGAGAAGCGAGACGUCAUCCACCGGGAGAUUGGCAAGUUCCGCGAGAGCAUGAAGGUAAGGCCACUCGCCGACUCGCUCUGCUCCCUCCCCGCCCCACCCCCCUCCCCGUCCCUCCGCUCUCAGAGUACGCGACGCGAGCCCUCGCCCGCCAGAGAAGAAAGCGUGCUUCAACGUCAUGUUUAUGAAAAUAAAAUAGAAUUUCCACCGUGUAUGUCAAUGAUAACGAAACGCGAACUCGACGUGGCGGCUAAAACAUUCAGUGUCUCCACGCCGGCGCUCGCCGAUGUCAUCAACACGCGCUUGACGCGUCUCGCCUUGCAGGAGGAGGCGGACGUGGUGGUGCGGCGCAAGCGGGACCCCAAGGACGACAAGCCGGAGCGCGACCGCGACAAGGACAAGGACAGGGAUAAGGACAAGGAGCGGGACAAGGAGCGCGAGCGGGAGCGGGAGCGGGAGCGGGACCGAGACCGAGACCGGGACCGGGACCGGGACCGGGAGCGGGACCGGGACCGCGAGCGGGAGCGGGAGCGCGAGCGCGAGCGGGACAAGGACGGUCGGCGGCGCAGGAGCCACUCGCGGAACAAAGAUAAACGCGAGGAGCGGGAGAAGGAGAGGGAAAGGGAGCGGGAACGGGAGGAGCGGGAGCGGGAGAGAGAGAGGGAGAGGGAGAGAGAGCGGGAACGGGAGAGAGAGCUGCGCGAGCGAGAAAGAGAGCGCGAAGCUCGCGAGCGGGAGCGAGAGAGAGAGAGAGAACGUGAGAGAGAACGCGAGCGCGAUCGGGAACGUUCCCGGGAGCGAGAGCGAGAUAGAGAGCGGGAGAGGGACAGGGACAGAGACAGGUCGCGGGGUCGGAGCGAGGCGGACGCGCGCCGAGAGAAGGAGAUAGAGGAGGAGGCGCGCGACAAGAAGAGGCUGGAGAAGAAGGCGCGGGAGAAGGAGGCCGCCUACCAGGAGCGGCUACGCAACUGGGAGAGUCGAGAGCGCCGCAAGGCGAAGGAGUACGAGCGCGAGAAGGAACGAGAGCGGUGUCGCGAGGAGGAGCGCGAGCGCGAGGCCAAGCGCCUGAAGCAGUUCCUCGAGGACUACGACGACGAGCGCGACGACCACAAGUACUACCGCGGCAAGGAGCUGCAGCGGCGCCUCGGGACGCGCGUGCGCGAGGCCGAGGCCGACGCGCGCGAGCGCACGCGCGAGCAGGAGGAGCUGGAGCAGCUGCGCGCGCACGUGUUCGGCUCGCGCGCGGCCGACGACCCCGCCGCCUGCGCCGACUACGAGCGCGCGCGCGCGGCCCGCGACGCGCUGUACCGCCCGCGCCUGCUCGUGGACGCCUCGCUGCAGCGCGAGCAGCAGCGCGAGCGCGAGCUGCAGCGCGCGCGCCAGCGCGAGCAGGCGCGGCGCGAGGCGCGCGAGCGGGAGCAGCGCGCGCGCGAGCGCUACCUGCGCGCGCAGGCCUCGCGCGAGCUGCCCACCGAGGCCGAGCCCAUCGACUCGGACGACAGGUGCCGACCGUUCCCAUACGUACCGCCCGGCCUGCCGGUGGACCAGCGCGAGCAGGCGCGGCGCGAGGCGCGCGAGCGGGAGCAGCGCGCCGGCGGCUGCGAGCCGGCGGCCGAGGACGGCGCGCAGUCGUCGGAGGCGGAGGUGGGGGCGGAGACGACGGCGGGUGCGGGGGCGGGGGCGGGCUCCGGCGACGGCUCGCUGACCCCGCCCGCCCCCGGCGCGCGCCGCCGCCGCCACCGCCGCCGCGCGCCCGACACGCCGCCGCACCCGCCGCACGCGCCCGCGCCGAGCGACGGCGGCAGCACCCCGCCGCGCCCGCCGUCCGCCGAGCGCUACCACGUAAGCCCCCGCCCACAGGCGCCGCCCCCCGCCCCGCCCCGCGCGCCUCUCACCCCGCUCUGUCCGCAGGCCGAGCCCGCCAGCGCCGGCAGCUCGCCCAUCAGCAUCAGCUUCCGCGCGCGCCACAGCCCCGCGCGCACCAGCCCCGCCGACGCGCACCGCGUAGAGCGACGCGUACACGCCGCUUUCACGGAAGAUGAAGAACCUGUGCGUAAAGACAAAAGGGAAAAAGAGAAAAAGAAAAGUGAGAGCAGUGAUCGAGGUGAGAAGAGUGAGAAGAAUGAGAAGGGGGAAAAGGAGAAGGAAAAAGGCGAGAAGGACAGUAAAUGUGCAGAGGAGAAACGGAAACACAUCAAGAGUCUUAUUGAUAAGAUACCCACACAGAAGGAACAGCUUUUCCAGUAUCAGCUUGAUACUGAUCAGAUUGAUAACACGCUGAUGGAGAAGAAGAUCCGGCCGUGGAUCAACAAGAAGAUCAUCGAGUACAUCGGCGAGCCGGAGCCCACGCUCGUCGACUUCAUCUGCAGCAAGGUGCUGGCCGGCUCCGCGCCGCAGGGCAUCCUGGACGACGUGCAGAUGGUGCUGGACGAGGAGGCCGAGGUGUUCGUGGUCAAGAUGUGGCGCCUGCUCAUCUACGAGCUGGAGGCCAAGCGCGCCGGGCUGCACAAGUAGACGUGUCUCCUGCAUACCGUCUCUUAGUGUUAAAUGUAAUGCAGAAAUCCUAGUGAACCGUCAUUGAUGGAGGAUUUCAAAUAACAUUAUUUCCUACUCAUUGAAACAUUUAUCUCUGUCUGCUUGUAAGAUCAGCCGCGUGUAGAAGAGACCGAUGGCGUUCGCAGUGUCAGUCUUCAGUGAGCGCAUCAUUUCUUCUGAGAUUGCCGCUAUGAUACCUCAACAUAUUUUUUUUUUUAUAAAUGUCACUGUAUUUUAAAAAGAUUUUCAGAGAACAUUUUUCUAAACAUAUAACAAUGAUACAACUAAUAUUUCAUAGUUCGUCACCAUUGCCUGACAAAGGAGCCGCUCUUUUAUCUAGAGCGCUACAACAAUAACAAAUAUCUGCAUCCCGAUAUAAGUGAAAUGAAACUCGAUAGUUUGUAAUCGAUAGUUUUCAAUAUUGCAGUGUUCCUAAUAUCAAAAACAUCGAAUUGUCCAAAAUAACUUGUUAAAUUAAAAACCGCGGUAGCUUGAAUAAAUAAAAUUGUUAAAUGUUUUUGACUAAUUAUAAAUUUUUUCACGUAAAGGAAACUAGAAACGAAUUGCUUAAUGACAUAAAAUAAUUUCUAUUUAACUUCAAUGAAUACAAAACUUUGUGUGAUACGUAUUGUCAUCAGUACUAGAUGUCCUCAUUAUAUUGUCCAAAACUGCUGUCAUUUCUAGGACAAUAGUCGUCACAAUAAGAGGCCCGUUUUGACAUAUGUCAUCGAGAUGUAAUUAGCGAAUUAACCAUACGACUCGGUAUUCGAUACUCGCGAUAAAUCGAUUCAAGUUUGUAUGAGUAUUCGAUCGAUUUGAUUAUGUAAUUUAAAGUGCAUUUGACUAUAAUUAUAAUAUAGUAAUUUGAAAUAAUACACACAUGAAAUGGUACAAACGGUCAA